UGCCAGGGCAGGCGUGAUGGGUGCCGGGACAGGCACGGAAACAGCAGCAGCAUCAGGCAGCAAAGAGGCAAAAUGGCUCUUGCUUUCCUCUUGGCAGCAAUCCUGGGACUUCUCAUUGUCAAGGCUCUUUCUUUUCAGCUGAGAAACCCAAGUUCCCCUCCUUGCAUCAGGAGUUGGAUCCCUUGGGUUGGAGCUGCGUUCCAGUUCGGGAGAGCUCCUCUGGAGUUUAUAGAGCAAGCCAGGAGGAAGCAUGGACCUGUGUUCACAAUAUUUGCUCUGGGAAAGCGAUUUACCUUUGUGACUGAGGAAGAAGGAGCUGAAGCUUUUUUUAAGUCUAAAGACUUAAAUUUUGAACAGGCAGUACAACAAGCUGUCGAGAAUGCAGUUUCUGUCCCUGCAGAAGCAUUUUAUCAGAACCACAGUAACCUCUACAGCAUGAUGAAGGGAAAGAUGGGUCCUUCUAACCUGCACGUGUUCACAGACACUUUGUGUAAGGAACUGCAUGAGCACAUGGCACACCUGGGCAGGGAGGGCACAGGAGACCUCAAUGACCUGGUAAGGCAUGUCAUGUAUCCAGCAGUGGUGAACACUUUGUUUGGGAAAGGCAUCUGCCCGACAAGCCAGAGUGAAAUCAAGGAGUUUGAAGAACAUUUUCAGAAGUAUGAUGAGGACUUUGAAUAUGCUUCUCAGCUGCCUGAGUGCUUUCUGAGGAGUUGGUCUAAAUCCAAAAAAUGGCUACUAAAAUUAUUUGAGAAAGUAGUGGCAGAUGCUGAAAGGACCAACCCUUCAGAGACCACAUCCAAGACCCUACUGCAACAUCUCCUGGAUAACUUGCAAGGAAAACAUCUGGCUCCCAAUUAUGGUCUUCUAAUGCUCUGGGCUUCCCAAGCAAAUGCUGUGCCUAUUGCAUUCUGGACCCUUGUUUUCAUACUGUCUUAUCCUUCCAUUUACAAGAAAACCAUGGAAGACCUGGCUUCUGUUUUUGGCAAAGCAGGUAAAGAUAAAAUAGAAGUCUCUGAAGAGGACCUUAAGAAGCUUCCUUUUAUUAAGUGGUGCACUUUGGAAGCCAUAAGGCUGAGGUCUCCAGGUGCAAUCACCAAGAAAGUAGUAAACCCAAUAAGAAUUCAAAAUUUCACUGUGCCUGCAGGUGACAUGCUGAUGUUGUCACCGUAUUGGAUGCACAGGAACCCGAAAUAUUUUCCUGACCCAGAAAUGUUCAAACCUGAUCGUUGGAAAGAGGCAAAUUUAGAGAAGAAUGCUUUCUUGGACAGCUUUGUGGCAUUUGGAGGAGGGAAGCAUCAGUGUCCAGGAAGGUGGUUUGCAAUCAUGGAAAUCCAGAUGUUCGUGGUGUUAUUCCUCUACAAAUAUGAAUUUGUGCUUUUGGAUGCAGUACCAAAGGAGAGCCCUUUACAUUUGGUGGGGACACAGCAACCCAUGGCACCUUUCAGGGUCCAGUACAAAUGCAGGGAAUGAAAUCUGCCCAGCACUACUUUGCCUUCCCCUGCUCUGGAUGGAUGGGCCACUGAGCUGCUUCCCUGUGCUCCAUCUUCAGAUAGGUUCUGUGCCUUAACAAUUCCUAAAUCCAGCUUUAAAUUCCAGCUUUAUGGUCUGCCAUACCAGUAUAAAUCUGUGCUCUUCACCCAAAUGACUGCCUUCUACUAUAUAAAAAUCCAGCUCUCCUGCAUCCAUGAUUUCUGGGCCAGUGAAUCACAGACUUUGCAAAUCUGAUACACUGAACUCUCCAGGUGAAGAUCUGGCCAGCACUGCCUACAAUCAGUGCCAACAUUUUGCAAUUAAAAUGCGUUUUUAAUGGAAAAUUGAGAGGAUUAGGAAAGUCUGAAGUCUCGUUCCACUGGAGCACCUAAAAUUUCUACUGAGCUUUAUUUGCUCCACAGCAUUCAGGAUUGGUCCUUGCAUGAAUAUGCAAUGAAGGUUUGGUGGUGAUGUCUGCCUUCUAAUGAAGCAAGAGAAGCUGUUGCUAUUCAUUAGAUUGGUUGUCCAAUAGCUGGAACACUUUUGCUUUUCCUUUAACAUUACUUACUUAAUAGAAUAAAUUGCACAAAUCUAAAAAUAUUUAAUCCUAUAAAGAACAGCCAGCAAAAGCUGUUCAAAGAAGCUGUCAAGUAACUACAGAUACCAGCACUUUAACUGCUGUCACAUUUCAUAUAUGAUAAUAAUUGGCAUGUAUUUUUAGUCUUUUAAGUAAAGACUGUUCAUCAGUUUAGAAUUUCUUGUAAGAAAACCACAAAUGGACUUUCAACAGUAGUAAAAUAGUAAAAACUAUGGGAAUAGUGUCUAUAGGAAAAUAACACAUCAUAUAAUUCAUUAAAUAGUUGGCUUACCACACCUAUGGAUGCAGUAAUUUAAAAAACUUUAAUGACCUAUAUGGCUGGAAAACAAUUAAUCCAACUUUAAUUUAGCUCAUAAGGGUUAAAUCUGCAAUCUUUGCACUCUUAGCUGCUGUGUCAGAAUUUAUUCAAUAACUGAAAACUUUGGUUUCAUGUCGUGUCAUUAGCCAAAAAUAUAUAUUUUAAGUUUAUAAUUUGGAAAUGUUCACAAUACCUGUUCAGGUACCUUGUAGGUUUGCAGGCAUA